AGGAGUUGUGGCAGAAGAAGCAGUGAUGAACCUGCAACCUUGCGUCCACUGGAGAAGCGUGUCGCCUUGCCAGUGUGAGUCAACAAGGUGUUUGUGUUGAGGGCUGUUUUCAUUCCUGACCAAUUAACAUGUAUACCAGUUGGUGUCCCAAAACAUUGAAUCAUUGAAGUUCCUUUGCCAUGUCAUUCCCAAAACACUUUUCCUCAUGAAAUCAUCACUCCUUUCCGGUCAUCUCCGUAAAAAGGUGUGUGAUGUCAAACGCUAAGGUAACCAAGGUGAAAGCCUGAAUGUCGUGGUGGACGUGUUGGGUUCGUGUUUCUGCUUCAUACAUUUAAUCAUCGUUUGACGACUAUAAAGCUAAGACGUGAUGUGCUGGAUCACAAGAACCUCCGCGUCAGCCAUGGACACAGUUAUUCUCUUCCUGUCGUUGGCGUCUCUGGCCAGCGUCUCCUCUCAGCCGAUUGCGGACAGCCAGCGUCUCUUCUCCAUCGCCGUGAGCCGAGUGCAGCAUCUCCACCUGCUGGCCCAGAGACUCUUCUCAGACUUUGAGACUUCUCUGCAGAUGGAGGAACAGCGUCAACUCAAUAAAAUCUUCCUGCAGGAUUUCUGCAACUCGGAUUACAUCGUCAGUCCCAUCGACAAGCACGAAACCCAACGAAGCUCGGUCCUGAAGCUGCUGUCCAUCUCCUAUCGAUUGGUGGAAUCCUGGGAAUUUCCCAGCCGUUCCCUCUCUGGUGGUUCUGCUCCCAGAAACCAGAUAUCUUCAAAACUUUCAGAACUGAAGAUGGGAAUCCUCCUGCUGAUCAGGGCCAAUCAGGAUGGAGCUGAGAUGUUGGCUGACAGCUCCGCCCUCCAGCUGGCGCCGUAUGGGAACUAUUACCAAAGCGUCGGAGAUGAUGAGUCGUUGAGACGAACGUAUGAACUGCUGGCAUGCUUCAAGAAGGACAUGCACAAGGUGGAGACUUACCUGACGGUGGCUAAAUGUCGACUCUCGCCAGAGGCCAACUGUACCCUGUAGCCGUGGCUUCUCAAGCUAGCACGUUAGCAUCAGUACCAGCCUUUGUUGUUCACUCGUUUCUUUUUCCUGAAGCCAGCAUGAUGAUGUCACCUGUCAGCUGUUCAAAUAAAGUUCUUUGCUGUGUGA